GGGUGGUGGAGGUGCUCUGAUCGACACAAUCCCCGUUUUCCGGGUGGAGGGGAGCGGCGCGGCUCUGCUUACCUGUGCCCGACCCGGCUCACCUGGACCCGGCUCACCUGGACCCGGCUCACCUGUGCCCGACCCCGGCUCACCUGGACCCGGCUCACCUGUCCUCCCUCCCUCCCUCGCUGUCGGGGCGAAGCUCCCGCGGCCGCUGCUCUCGGCGCAAUGAGCGGCGCCGCGCUCCUCUACCUGCUGGCCGCACUUACAUCCUUGAAUGCAAUGAUGGUCAACGUGAAGGUCCCGCACAUGGAAAUAGCUCGAGGAGAUGCUUUACAUUUACAAUGUACCUAUCAAACCACCGCAUCAACUAAAAACCAUCUUAACAUUGAAUGGAUUCUAGUCGAAGAAGUACCGAGUGAAAUGGAACCAACGAUCGAUGUAAUCCAGUACUUCUACGACGGAUUAUACAGCGUUGGAAAAAACUACAAGGGCAGAGUAAACUUUACAGGAAAUGCCAACGGGGAAGAUUGUUCAAUAGCGAUCCAGAAUGCGCGGAUAACUGACACUGGAACCUACGUGGUAGAAGUCACAACACCUUAUGACUUGGUUGGUACGCGGAAAGAAACAGUGGAUGUGACUGUAUUGGUUCCUCCAACGCCGCCCAUUUGCAAAAUAGAGGGCAAAGCAGAAUAUGGGGAGACUGUCAAACUGAUGUGCCACUCGGAGGAAGGGUCGCCUGCCCCAGUGUACUCCUGGCAAAACUACUGCCCCAUGAAUCAGCCACGGGAACUGCCUCAAAUGUCCAUUCAGGAGACAGAUGGUUUAACAUUAAGAAAUAUUUCAGCCAAGACAUCUGGCUUCUUCAUUUGUACCUCGAAAAAUAAGAUCAGAGCUGCGAUCUGCAAUAUCACCUUAGCAGUAAUGCCACGAUUUUCACGCUUCAACUUUACUGUUACAACACAUCAAUGAGUUGAUCGGACAUGGAGGAAGACUUUUUAUGCUAUCAAAGGUUUGGACUAUUAUCUUUUGGACUAUAUACUGGGUAUCAUGCCUGAUUUUAAGGGUUUGGUAUGCACGAUACGACUUUGAACUAAAACCACUGUUGUAAUAAGAUUAAUAACCAAGUUGUGCUUGCUUCUAGAAGGCGAAAGUGAAGAUGGAAGAGUCGAUGAAGAAUUCUGAUUGCGGAUUUAAAGUGCAUGCUAUUUUUUUCCUCGUUAGUAGAGUGAUUAGUAUCCCUGCCUGUCACGCGGGAGACCGUGGUUUAAUUUCCCGACGAGGAGCCACAGGGUUUUAUUCCCUGACCUUUUGAUUUUGAUAUAUGUUAAGCCUUCAUGGCUACUUUUUAAAUGUUUAUUAGUAAUUGCCUCGUUAUAUACUUGGAACA